AUCUGUUAUCUCUUAUGUUAGUGACUUUCACUGUACAUUUCCUGUUGGGGGUGGUAGUCCUCCAGUGUCAGUGAUGCAGGGGUGGCAGCAGGUGUUGGGGAUUUUGGCGGGUGUCAGGGUGCUGCCCCCUCCCCCGGUCGCCGCAUCCUCUCCCCACCCCCAGCCUCGUCAUGUAGAGCAGUGGAAAUAAAACUGAAAGAGGGGAAGUCCAGCUCUGGAGCAGUGAGUGCAGCCGCUCAGCGUGGAUCUUCACACGAGACACGUAUCGCCUGGGACCAGAACCCAUGCGAUGUCCCGUCAGCCCCAGGACCCGUGGACGGCACAAGAUCCGCGUUCGCGGUCACUGUGUUUAUAAACGGCUCCGCUGGACAAAUAUCGCCGCUCGCCAUCCUGCGAGGACAGACCCUGCAGAAUGGGAAAUGGGCAUAAAGCCGCCACCUGAGAGCUGAGUCGCAGUUAACCCCUGCACCACCGGAUCCCAGCGCAGGGGAAGAUGCCGCUUGGCAGCAAUGUUACAGGCGGCUGUGAGAUGGACGGGCGCGUCCUGGACUACCUGUACGCCAUCACCUACGCCGUCAUCCUCAUCCCGGGGCUGAUCGGGAACGUCCUGGCGCUGUGGGUCUUCUACGCGUACAUGAAGGAGACGAAGCGCGCCGUCAUCUUCAUGAUCAACCUGGCCAUGGCGGACCUGCUGCAGGUGCUGUCGCUGCCGCUGCGCAUCUUUUAUUACCUGCACAAGUCGUGGCCCUUCGGACGCUUCGUCUGUAUGUUCUGCUUCUACCUGAAGUACGUCAACAUGUACGCCAGCAUCUUCUUCCUGGUGUGCAUCAGCGUGCGCCGCUUCAUCUACCUCCUCUACCCCUUCCGCCAUAGGCAGCGGCGGUGUGACGUGUACGUUAGCGUCGCCGGCUGGAUCCUAGUCUGCCUCAGUUGCCUCCCGUUUCCUCUGCUCAGGACGGGGCAGGAGACGAGCGGCGGCGAGCAGAGAUGCUUUGUGGACCUCCCCCUGCUGGACAUUGGCUUUGCCGCCUCCGUGGUCACGGUGACCGCCGCCGAGAUCUUCGGGUUUGUCAGUCCGCUGGCCAUUGUUCUGUUCUGCACCUGGAGGACGGUGGCCUCGCUGCGGGAGCCGCACGCCGCCUCUCACGACCUCGGGGAGAAGAAGAAGGCGCUGAAGAUGAUCCUGACCUGCGCCGCCGUCUUCCUCAUCUGCUUCGCUCCCUAUCACCUCAGCUUCCCGCUAGAUUUCCUGGCCAAAGCCAACAAGAUCGCCUCAUGCUCGCAGCGGCGCGCCAUCCUCACCCUGCACCCCGUGGCGCUCUGCCUGGCCAGUAUGAACUGCUGCCUGGACCCCGUCAUCUACUACUUCACCACCGACGAGUUCCGGCGCAGGCUGUCCCGGCAGGACUUGGUGGACGGCGCCGAGAUGCAGAUUUAUGACGGUAAAGACUUCACGGAUCCCUGCGGCUGCCGAGCGAGGUGAUGAAGGCCACUGGAUGGACAAGGUUGUCAGAGGGCGCUGUGUGCCAGACUGUGCCCGCUGCUACUACAACCCCCAUCAGACCUGAGCUCAAUACUCAGCCCCCACUUACACAAU